GUGUAUUUCGUGUUACAAGAGGGCAUCUUUCCAUAUACUUUAUGUAGCCACGCCUCCAUCUACAGUCAAGACAGACAGUUAAGAAGACAUAUUUUGCCAGUCUCUAACGGUGGCAAAUCCAAUCAAUGGUAGCCCAUACUCGAGAAAAGGCCCGUUCCCGUCGCUAUGUCUGCCCGUUUAUUCCUCCGAAAACCCACAUGCAGGCUUCACGUGCGACUCCGCCUCCGCCUCCACGCCCCCCAACCCAAGACCCCACUCGUUUUGUAGCGGAGCAUGCGACCCCGCAAACUCGGCAUGACGCCGCGGUGCAGAAGGACAUGCAUCGCAUCUCAUCUCGUCACACACACACCCCGAAAGUCGGGGGCACACGCCUUAAUUAAGAGGUAAAAAAAAUGCAUUA